GCGCAUGCGCCUUGCCCCCUCCGGCCCGGGGAGGGGGAUGCGGACGGGGGAAGAUGGCGGCCUCGAACAACCCGCGGAAAUUCAGCGAGAAGAUCGCGCUGCACAACCAGAAGCAGGCGGAGGAGACGGCGGCUUUCGAGGAGGUGAUGAAGGACCUGAGCCUGACCCGGGCCCACAGGUUACAAUUACAGAAAACACAGUAUUUGCAAUUGGGACAGAGUCGUGGCCAGUACUAUGGAGGGUCACUGCCGAAUGUGAAUCAGAUUGGGAACAGUGCUAUGGACCUGCCUUUCCAGACUCCUUUUCAGUCAUCUGGACUGGAUACAAGUAGGACAACUCGGCAUCAUGGUCUGGUGGACAGAGUGUAUCGUGACAGAAACCGCCUUGGGUCACCACACCGGCGUCCGCUGUCUGUGGAUAAACAUGGAAGGCAGGUGGACAGUUGUCCAUAUGGCACUGUGUAUCUGUCGCCUCCAUCGGAUACAAGCUGGAGAAGGACCAAUUCAGAUUCUGCCUUGCAUCAAAGUACAAUGACCCCAACUCAACAAGAGUCCUUUUCAGGAGGGUCACAAGACAUGCAGCAAAAAAGAGUCUUAUUAUUGACUGUCCCUGGAAUGGAGGAAAGCACAUCUGAAACAGACAAAGCCCUCUCUAAACAAGCAUGGGACACUAAAAAGACAGGGUCUUCGAGGCCUAAAUCAUGUGAAGUUCCAGGAAUCAACAUCUUUCCAUCAGCUGACCAGGAAAACACUACAACGCUGAUUCCGGCUGCACAUAACACAGGUGGCUCUCUGCCAGACCUGACAAACAUCCAUUUCCCUUCUCCUCUCCCAACACCACUAGAUCCUGAGGAAUCCACAUUCCCAUCCCUGAGUAGCUCCAAUAGCACCGGAAAUCUUGCAGCCAACUUGACUCACUUGGGCAUCAGCACUGCCAGUCAGGGAAUGACAACGACACAAGCCUCAUCCCGGCAGCCAGCUGUCAGUCCCCUCUCACUGAAUGCAGACUCCAGACGACCACAGUCCCAGCAGAUGUCUCCUACGCUCUCACCUCUGUCACCAAUUACUCAGGCUGUGGCUAUGGAUGCAUUGUCUUUGGAACAGCAGCUUCCACCAUAUCAGUUUUUUACCCAGACUAGUUCCCAGCAACAGCAACAGACCCAAGUGGCAAGUAGUCUGCCUCAGAAUACCCCUUUAAUGCAGACUUCUGGCUUACAGCGAGGAUCACAGCUUCCCCCCCUCUCAGUCACGGUACCGUCUACCAUCCCACAGUCACCUCCAGGCAGCCAGACCCAACCUUCCAUGGGCAUAGACAUCAACUCGGCUUCACUCCAGCAGUACCGCAGUAAUGCUGGAUCCCCAGCCAACCAGUCUCCCACCUCUCCUGUCUCCAAUCAAGGCUUCUCUCCUGGCAGCUCCCCUCAACAUUCUUCCAUUCUGGGGAGUGUAUUUGGUGACUCCUAUUAUGAUCAGCAGAUGACAGCUAGGCAGGCUAAUGCCCUAUCCCAUCAGCUUGAACAGUUUAAUAUGAUAGAAAACGCCAUUAGUUCCAACAGCCUAUACAGCCCCUGCUCCACCCUUAACUACUCCCAGGCAGCCAUGAUGGGACUUACUGGGAGCCAUGGCAACUUGCAGGACUCUCAACAGUUGAACUACUCCAGCCAUGGAAACAUCCCCAACAUCAUCCUCACAGUGACAGGAGAAUCUCCUCCCAGCUUAUCAAAGGAACUGACCAGCUCUUUGGCAGGUGUCGGAGAUGUCAGCUUUGAUUCAGAUUCCCAAUUCCCUCUGGAUGAACUCAAAAUUGACCCUUUAACCUUGGAUGGACUGCACAUGCUUAAUGACCCAGAUAUGGUCCUCACCGAUCCUGCCACAGAGGACACUUUCAGGAUGGACCGGCUGUAGACUGAGGACACCAUGAGCCUGGGAAUAAAAUUAGUUCCUGGAGCCCAGCUGAACUGAAGAGUCCAAUGGGUCAGUCAUGUCAGAUUAAAGAGUUGCCGAGAGCAGUAGCUCUGUCAUGUACAACAUGUACAAUGAGUAAAGCUUGUUGUUCUAAGCUUGCAGUGCUGCAGACCCCCAUUCCCUUUUGCGCCAUAUUUUAUCCCUUAUCUACUCAUUGCCAUUAAAUGAGUAAGGAGUUUGCAUCAGCCUUCUCCCCUCCCAACCCCCACCAGCGAAGUCCCAGCGUAAGGUUCUCAAUUUAUCCUUUGCACUAGAAGGGGGUGUUUCUGGGCAGGUGAUGAAGGUUCAGAGUCAAGGGUAAAGAGAUUCUCUUUGUAAAAUACCACAUCAGUAGCAUUUGAUCAUUGGCUGUUUCUGUAACUGAUCAACAGCCAUCUCCUUGUGAGACUGAGAGGGGAAACUCAGACUCCUGGCCUCUCACUAACUCUAAAGCAAAAUACCUGUAUGGCCACCCUCUGGGAAAGGGGGGAGGCUGCUAAUUUCGACUCUCCCAGACUACUUUGUGACAGUUGCUUUGUAGAGUAAAAUGCUUCUCCCUUGAUUGAUAUGCCAUAUUUGUUUUCAGGUUUGUUUCCUUGACUGUUGUCCAGCACCCACUGCCUGUUCGUAUGCCCUGAGCAAACUCGUGUACUUGGCAAAGCAGGAAAGCGGCCUGGCAGCCCAGUGGGCUCUCGGUAGCCGGUUAUCCAAAAAAGCAACUGUAAACACUAUUUCCAGAGCCUUUUUCUUGUUUAAAAUUUCUGAGCACACAAAAAAGUACUAUAAUUCAUUACCUGGUGAGUGUGAAGGAGUGAGUGGAGCAUUCUGAAGCCACUAAAAGUAUAUUGGUGGCUAAGUUGCGGAGAAUUUUAUUUUUAAAUUCUACUUCUUGUGUGAAAUUCAUACAGGCAACAGGAAGGGCCGUUGUGUAGCAAGUCAGGGUGGCUAUUUUUAUGAUUUUUUUUUUUUUAAUUCUUGUUCGUUGCCUAUUGAAUAUUCUGUUACUGUUAUUUAUGCAUUUUUUUAUUUAAGUAUUUGGAUAUUAGAAAAGUAGCUAAACUACAUAAGGCCAAUUGAAGCACGCUGCAUAAUACUUAUACAGUACAUCCUUUUGUGAUUUUUAUUCCAGAAAUAUAAUAAUAUAUAUAAUAUUUUAACUAACUGGAAUUUGAAGCCAGAUGCUGACCAGAAGUAAGCAAACCCAGGGCAAGUCUGUCACGUGUUUGCCAUUUUAUAUAUUCACAUUACGGUAACAGGAACAUACAUAUUCUUUGACAGGGUUACUGGCCUACUGUACGGGGGAAGAUGUAGAUGUGAUGGAUCUUGAUUUUACUAAGGUUUCUUGACAGAUUCCAACAUGAUGUUCUCUUAAGCAAAUUAGUGAAAUGUGGCCUAGAUGAAGUUACUAAAAGGUGGGUGCACAACUGGUUGAAAAACCAUACUCAAAGCAUAGUUAUUACCAGUCCACUGUCAAACUGGAAGGGCAUAUCUAGUGGGGUUCUGAGGUAGUCAGUCCUGGGCCUGCUACUAUUCAAUAUUUCAUUAAUGGGUUGGAUAAUGGAGUGGAAAGUAUGCUUAUAUAAUUUGUGGGUGACACCAAGCUGGGAGGGGUUACAAGCACUUUGAGGGACAGGAUUCAAAUUCAAAAUGAUCUUGACAAAUU